GCCCACCGGAAAGGGAGGGGCCACGCGCUCCAAGUCCCUUGCGCCGCUCUCACGUCAGCAGUAGAGGGCGGAAGCGCAGACUCCAGGAUGCGGUUCCUGGUUGCGUUGCUCCUGCUGAAUGUCGCAGUGGCGAGAACUGAGUCGCCGCCUGCUCCUACGACACACGCCACCCCAAGUCAAGAUAAUCCUCCGGCUCAGCCUUCUGUAGAAAAAGACUCCAGUCAGACCCCCACGCCCCCGCCUCCUGAGAAAAAAGCGUCUUCUAAGCAGGAAGAGCCUGGCGGGCAGACCGCGCAGAGGCAGUCGUCCCCUAACGUAGGCCCGGAGACUCUGGUGGAGCCGACUGCGGCAGCAGUUGCCAGUUCGGCGGGAUCUGGACAGCAGGUUACCUCCGCAAGAGAGCCGGUUGGUCCCAAAAAUCAGCCCGAGAAAGCACAAACCACGUCAACUGGGACUGCACAGCAGCCCCCGCCAACCGACCCCAAACAGGAGGAGCCUGAGCAGAAGCCCGCAAAAGAUGAUCCAAAGAAGUCCACAAAAGCUAAUUCGGACAAGCCCAUCUCCAAACCCUCCUCAGAUAAGGAGACUCCUAAGAUUGACAAAACCGACUUGGCUGAACAAGGACAGAAACCAACGCUUACUUCCAAAACUGAAUCUGGGGAGAGACCGGCGGGGGACUCCGACUUCUCUUUAAAGCCAGAGGUAGGAGACAAGUCUUCAGAGCCUACUGAAGAUGUGGAAACCAAGGAGACUGAUGAGGGUGAUACAGAGCCAGAAGAGGGCUCACCACUUGAAGAAGAGAAUGAAAAGGUGUUGGACCCUUCCUCCAGUGAGAACCGAGAGGGGUCACUUACAGAUUCUAUGAAUGGGGAGAAGGAUGACUCUUAUAAGGACAAUUCUGGAAACACCAGUGCAGAAAGCAGCCAUUUCUUUGCAUAUCUGGUGACUGCAGCUGUUCUUGUUGCUGUCCUCUAUAUUGCUUACCACAACAAACGGAAGAUUAUUGCUUUUGCCCUAGAAGGAAAAAGAUCCAAAGUCACUCGGAGGCCAAAGGCCAGUGACUACCAGCGUUUGAACUUAAAGCUUUGAUUGUUUUCUUGUCUGCAAGAACCUUGUCCUCCCUGCUGAUUUGUUUCCGAAUCAAGAGAAUGAAAAGACUGACCUCCUCUGGGGUCUGGUGGCAAGUCUGGGCUGGCAGAGACGGGAUUGCUUCAGGUUUUGCACCUGCACUUUGGUGACAUUGUAUUCUGGUGAUGUCUUAUUUACUUUUGUGUUCCCUUUUGCUGAUGUGUUCCAUCAUCCUUUCUUUCUUGGAGUGUGAGGAGGGAACAUGUGGAAACGUGGCUGUGAACAAAGGAAGACCCCACCCUAGGCAGGCCACACGAUGGACCACCCUCCCAUAGCCUUUUUAUCUUUGCAGCUCUAGGAGGGAACUGCAGGGAGGUGCUUUCUAGACAAGGUCUAGAAGGUGAGAUGCUUAUGGGCAGAGGGCUUUGAACACUUAUUCUCUACAGAGGCCUCAGCUGCAAAGCAGAGUAGCAACUUUAAAGAGUGUUAAAGUCUGAUCCAUCUGACAGUCUGGAUAUUUUUCUGAAAGUUUGCACUCUUUGGUUGUACUAGCGUAGAAGGGAACUUGGGGUUUCUGAAAGUAAAAACACUGUUCCAUGGGCUUUCGCUUUGUUUUGCUUAAUAAGGUGAUGAUCAUUGAACCAGUAUGUUCUUGCAUACAGUCACCCCAAUAGGAAGGCACUCCUUGGAAAGGGGCAGGUUCAUGCUUUGUGGAAGGAAAUACAUAGAAGGGAUUUGGUCUGCAUGAAAGAGGGUUUCCACAAACUCCAUUUCCUUUAUUGCCCACAGCAGAUAGAUAGAUAUUUAGGAACUAACUACACUCUCCACAUUUUUCCUUGCUCGGUUUAAUGGUCCUCCCAUCCAAGAUGCCAAGUUAAUGAGUAAAAUCGUUUCUCUCCUGUGACACCUCGUCAUGAAACUGUAAGAAACCAAGCAGGUUCCCUGAUGUAACUGAGGAUGUCUUGGAUUAUGCUGUCUGAAGUUUUAUUCCAGUCUAUAUGGUCAUGCCUAAAGAAAGAAGAGUCUCAGCUAAUCUCAGGGAUGUGGAAAGAAUGGCAAGAGGGAAAAUACGAUGGGAGAAGUCAGUCUGAAGAAGAAACAGUCUGGGAUUCUUUCCCUGUGCUGACUGCAGCUUGUGCUUGAAGUAGAAGUUUGUAUUCUUGGCAGGUUGCCUUCUGGAAAUAAGAUCGUUGCUACCAUUCUCUCAGCUGCGCACAAGUCUACUAUUAACUUUCCAAGCUGAGGAAGCCUUUCUCAGUCUCCUUCAGCUUUCCCUAGCAUCUCUUUAGCUCCCCCUUCCCGUUUUCUCUUCCUCUUUAGACCUGUUUGUGCGCCUCUGCAGGCUUCCCUCCAGCCUGUCUGCACGCCCGUACUUAUCCUGUCCUGGUUGCUCUUGCUUCCAUCCCUUGCUUCCUCCUCCUGACAUUAGACUCGCCUUGGUCUGUUUUCCUCCUGUCUCUCAAGGUUACUCAGUUCACAGAGCUCCAAAUUUAACAGCUCAGUCUCACCUUGUUCUUACACUUGGGAAUAGUGGAUGCUGGGGUCCAUGCAUGUUGACAGUUUGGGUGUCUCUCGCAAAUUUGGCCUUAUGGUGGGAAGGGAGUAGGGUGCCCAAAGCCAGGUCUCUAUUGCUUUGACUGUCUCCUCAACAAAUCAUCCAUUUAUCCUUUCUGACUCAUCUUUAUCUUUAGGAUCUUAGGAAGCCUACUUCCCAAGAACCCACUUCUGCUCUAUGCUAAAUAACUCAGCUACAUUGUCUGGUUUUCAUCCAACCAGAAUUUCUCACUUGUACCUAUGAAGCUCCUCUACCUAUUGUUCAGUUUCUUUAAUCAUCUGAAAACUCCACACUGCAAACUAAUAACAUUUUUCUUAUCACAGAAGUCCCCCCCCUUUUUUUUUAAAGAAAGUAUCUAAAUAUACUCUUCAUUUUGUUCUCCUGACCUUUUCUCAUGCCAGUUUUGGAAACAUUGAUCUUUCCAGAAUUUGUGCACUGGUCUGAAGCUUCCUUCUGUCUGAAGUUGUAUUCUAGACUAGAUUCUUUGGCUUCAUCAUUCAGACCCACACUGCUUCUCUGCUUCUGCCCUCAUCAUGGCCUCUGUAUUCCAGCUUCUCAUGGUUGCUCUAUGAUUAGGCUUUCCCCUUCAUUUCAGCUUACCCAGGUCCUUGUGUUUUGAAGGACUCAGCUCACUUGCUUAUGUUCCUUCCUAGCUUCAACGGUGGAUUGGCUUUUCUCAUUCCAUACUGAUAGCUUUUUGUCUCCUUCAUCUUGGAACUUCAGCAUGACUAGUUCUGAUGUUGCUGUGGUCUCCCCAAGAAAACUAAGCCCUGAGAGACAGCCAUUGUCUUUGUUGUAUCUGUUUAGUGUUGUGAAAACCCCCAGGGACUUAAGGGGUCAAAUUUCUUUUUGGAGAUGUAACUGAAACCGGCGCUCCUGGCUACUGGUUCUGUGACCUUAAACUUGUUGACUUUGCUUUUGAGAGGCAAGAAGAAAGAUUGAUUUUCAGGAUCCAAGAUUGCCAGCAAGUGGACAUACACAUGAAAUGUUGCCAGAGUCUACAAAGCCUCCCCCCUGGACUGCUGACAAAUAUUUCUUGUGCUGACAGAGUACAGUGGAAUUGGUUUCACUUGAAAAGCUCCACUGUAAGGAGAUGGCUCCCACCAAAGAAAAGUCAGUUUCAGGACUGUUCUUUAAAGGUAGAAUACUUGAAGCAUAUUUUCCUAGAGUGUGUAGCUGGUGAUGGCCCAGCUGAGGCAUCCACACCAGGGGCUGGGCUGGCAUGUAGGAAGCCUCAAGCAGCACUCCUGUAGACUAUUCUGAGCUUGCUCUCCUGCUCAGCUUUUGGCUGAAGGGCAAUUUCUUAGGGAACCUACCUGUCCUUGAUGGUAAUAGUUUAUUUUCCUGCUGUGGAUUAUAGAAGCCACUUCUGGACCAAACUAAGUGUGUUACUGUGUUGUUCCCUGACAUAAACUCUUGCUAGGAAGGUUCAGUUUGGCAUUGCCGUAAGAAACCUGUGAGGAGUCAGGCGUGGUGAAGGAAGUCUUUAAACCCAGCACUCAGGAGGCAGAGGCAGGAGGAUCACUGUGAGUUUGAGGCCAACCUGGUCUAGAAUAGCAAGUUCAAGGCAGCCAGAGUUACACAGUGAGAGCCUGUCUCAAAAAACAAAAGAAAGCUGUAAAGAGAUGUUGAGGUUUAACUAGCUACAUCAGGAUGACUCGCUUCCUUUAGUUCCCUGCUCAGAUGUGACUCUCCUAAGUAUUUUAGCUUAGAAACUCUGUAGUUUUGAGAAACUCCUCAGCUUGCAUGACAUAGCAAACCAGCCAUGAAGGUGGCCUCCUCACACUGUGAUCGGAACUUAAUUCAAACCACCAUGUUAAGUACAUGAGUGACUGUGGAGAUUGUUUUCCUUGUUUGCCUACCCAUUAGUAGACUGUCACUGUUAGUCAUGUUUUGUAUUUUCACCUUUUUUGUAACUUAACGAGAAUGGUUUAAUUUUAUUUUUUUAAAGCUUAUUGUGGUAUAAUAAGUAUUUUUCAGUAUAUUUUACUGAGCUUCUGUAAAUGGCAUCUCAGUGUAGUUUCAUGUCAUUAUUGAGCAAAAACCAAAUAAACUUCAGAUAUCAAAGCA